AGAAAAACCGACGAGGCUGAAAUGGAUUAAAAAGGUGCUAGACAGAUGGGCAAUGAUGCCACUGAUGGAUAUAUUCAAGCAUUGAGCUCAUCCAAAAGGCGGAAAGAUCACAAACCGCCCUCCCUUCGUUCCAUUUACCCCCAGGUGGGUUUGGGUUUAGCUCGCACAGAAGGAAAGCGGAAAGCGGAAAGCGGAGGGUGUGUGUCGUGGGCUGGCUCUCUCCCUCUCCCUCCCGGCCGCAAGACGGUGGUUUGACAUUGAGCUAAUUGCUCUGCGCGGGUCUUCUAAUCAGUUGUGAGUGAGCAUGCGGGCCUGAGCGCAUUGCAGACGCUCGUGGAUGGACGUCGGUAUGUUCGGCUGGUCGUGUCUGGGCCAGUUUCCUGUCCCGGACGCCAGCCAGGAGCUGACCUUUAGCCAUAGACAGGAGCGCCGGGGGCUCUGUGAUGGACAAACGACAGGUAUGCAUUGCAAUGGCAGGAAGGACAAGGAGUGCUCAAUGUGAUGCAGGCACUGCGUCAAUGGUCUUAUUCUCUCUGGUGGCAUGGCACACAGGUCCCGUCAGCUCGGGCAUCUUCAGUCUUGCCCGCUGCGACGUCGCCAACGGCCUGUGCGCCUGCAGCCCACCUUCAUUCGAUGACCCCCACAACUGGACGCUCGACCAGCCGCACCAGCUGCACCCCCUGCCAGAGGAGGACUUCAUCGCCCGCGGAUCAGCCACCACCAAGACCAACCGACUCAUGCACUCUGCCAGGGAACACCACCACCACUCCCUCCACCCCCUGCCGUCCAUCCGCACCGACCCGGUUGGCACCUCGGUGCAGGUGGUCUUCAACACGGUGUUUGGCGGGCCGCACUGUGAGCCCAGUGCGGAAAGGCUGGGGAUGGUCGGGGAGGAGGAGGAGCCGCACACCCUUGAUCUCAACAGUGACGAGGGGAUGCCUGCCGCACUCAUGGAUGGAGCGGUGUUCCGCGGCGGCCUCGUGGACCCUCUGCGGACGUCUCCCUCGCCCUUCCCGCAGCCCGCCGCCCCUGGACGGGAGAGCCCGGCACAGGCGCCAAUGGUCGGCGCCACAGGCCCUGCUCGCGUCCGCAUGUCUGACUACAACCGGCCUGCCCUCCAGCCUCUUCUCGGUGACCCCAGCAUCGCAGCGCCUCCAUCCCCUUACUGCGUCGGGGCGGGUGCGCCUCCCAUCCAUCCCAUCAACUAUGGCGAGGCUCAGCCCGGCAUUAUGCUGGCCCCGCAGCACCACACACAUGUGUCCCUCUCCCCUGGUCGCACACCGCCCGUCCGCUCGCCGGAGCAGCCGCCUCGUGAAGUGCCGCCCUCAUCGCUCCCCAAGACUCGUCCGAAAGCCCCGUUCGCGCCGAAGAAAUCGCUGCCCUUCUUUGCCGUGUCCGAGACGCCCUCCCGCCGGUCCCUUGGCGAGGGCAUGCAGAAGAUGUUCCGCCGGUGGAUCGGAUCGAGCACGGUGGACCGAGCCGAGUUCAAGGGGCCGGUCGGCACAGCGUCAUCACAGAAGAAGGCGGGCGUCUCUUCCCUGGCCGACAAGAGGAAGGACUCCCAGCCGGCGGCCCCCGCGCCGCCCCAGAAGGUGCCGCCGAUCUCUCCCCCGUCACCAGACCAUCACCACCACAUGGACGAGCGGCCAGGCCCGUCUGCAGCCACUCGCGGCGGUAGGCUGCCCCCUCCACGUGUGCGCGAGGACCCUCACCCGUUCCAGGCCAGCAGGGAGGAGGGCCCCUCGUCAGCCAGGCUAAACGCGCCGCUGAUUCCCUACUUCUCGGGCGGUGGGGGCGGCAAGAGGGAGGACGAGGGUGGUGGUGGGCGGCCCACGCCCCCGUCGACCAAGACAAAGCCCCCUGGCAUCAGUGCUGCUGUGUUGGGGGGUCUGUCUGCCCUGAGGGACAUUACCCGGUCGCCGAGGGCCAAGUCGACCAAGCAGCCCACUCUCACUACCGAGGCAUCCAUCGCCACGGACAACGACAGCGACUGGACAUUCGUACAGCAGCAGAACCACCAGCAGCAGCAGCAGCAGCCCAGGAGGGGUCAAAGGCAGAGGGCCAUUGACCGCAUCGACCGCCCGGGGGCCAUGUUUGAGGAUGGGGGCGGCUGUGAGGGCGACAUGGAGGACGACCCCGACAGCAGGAGCGGGCUCAACGCCAAGGUGGUGCUCUCCUCGCCGACCAUCGCUAUUGGUGUGCUGUCCGAGUGCGUCGAGAAGGCCGCCAACUCACCCACGAGCAGCAAGCCCAACUCAGACAAGUGGGGGAAACGGAUUGCGGACGCCCCGCUCAAGAGGCUCACCAGCCGUAGGAGCCGAUAAAUAGAUAGGAUGAAUUGAUAGUGGGUGUCUGUGAACGGAUGGAUGGAUGGAUGGAUGGUCUGAUGUGAGCAGCCUGACUGAGAGACUGGAUGGGGUGCGGACUGGGUGGGUUGCGUUCUGACGGGACGGAGAGACUCGG